GCCUUGUCACCAGCUGCUGCGGGGACCGGGGAACCUCAGCGGGACCAUGGCCGGCCAGGACAAGGCUGCCUUAAUUAGCGAAACCAGACGACGCUUUGAGACUGAAUAUGUGCCAGAUAAAUCAGAUAAAUAUGAUUCCAGAGAUGUGGAAAGAUUGCAGCAAGAUGAUAAUUGGAUUGAAAAUUAUUUAAUUUGGCGUCAUGAUGUUGUGGAUGAUACACUGAAGAUGAUUGAUGAAAGCUUUCAGUGGAGGAAAGAAUACAUGGUCAACGAUUUGUCUGAAUCUGCCCUUCCAAAAUGGUUAUUUGAAAAUGGUGCUCUUUACCUGCAUGGAUAUGAUAAAGAGGGCUACAAGUUAUUCUGGUUCAGGGUGAAGCUUCAUACAAAAGAUCCUAAACUGCAGUUUGAAAAAAAGAAGUUUGUAGCCUUUUGGUUAGAGCAUUAUGCCAGAAGAGAGCAUGGGAAGCCUUUAACAGUGGUGUUUGACAUGGCUGAAACUGGACUCAGUCACAUAGACUUGGACUUCAUUCGGUUCAUCAUCAACUGUUUUAAAGUUUAUUAUCCUAAUUACCUCUCAAAGAUAGUGAUCUUUGAAAUGCCAUGGAUAAUGAAUGCUGCUUUUAAAAUUGUGAAGGGUUGGCUUGGUCCAGAUGCGAUAAGCAUGUUGAAGUUUGCAAACAAGAAUGAAGUGCAGGAAUACAUCAGUGCAGAGUAUCUGCCUGCCUACAUGGGUGGAAUUGAUACUUUCAAGUACAGUUACCCUCCAUUGGUUGAUGAUGAUUUUCAAACUCCAUUAUGUGAAAAUGGACCUAUUACUACUGAAGAUGAAACUGAAAGUAAAGAGGAGGUGGAAGCAGACAGCAAGGAGGCUGGAGAAUCCAGUGAAGAGCAAAUUCUCAAUGUGAAAAAGGUAUGUUCUGUAGAACAAAUUUCCAAACCAGACGAGAAUGACAAAACAGAUUCCAAAACAAAAAAUGCAAAGAAGGCGUUAACCAUUUUUAAAGGACCGUUAUUACAUAUAAGUCCGGCAGAAGAGCUGUUUUUUGGAUCCAAAGAAAUUGGAGAGAAAAAAUGCUUGAUAGUUCUCACAAAUGUGACUAAAAAUGUAGUGGCCUUCAAGGUGAGAACAACUGCUCCUGACAAGUAUAGAGUUAAACCAAGUAAUAGUAGCUGUGAACCUGGUACAUCAAUAGACAUAGUAGUAUCCCUCCAUGGUGGUUUUGCCGCUUCCCUGCAGGACCGUUUCCUGAUAAUGGCAGCAGAAAUGGACCAGGCUUCUGGAGCAGGCAUACCAGAAUUAGCUCAGUUUUGGAAAGAAGUCCCUAGAAACAAAGUGAUGGAACAUAGGUUAAGAUGUCAUGUUGUAGAAAGUAGCAAGCCUUCUACUCUGACAUUAAAAGAGAAUUCAUUUAAUAUUCCUACAAAAACCAAUGAAGAUUUACACUUACAGCUAACUCAAUUAUUACAGGUUAAUAGAAGACUUCAAGAGCAGAUUGAUCGCUGUGUCUGGUUCCAGCAGCUAAUAGUUGUAUUAGCAUUGUUCUUAGUUGCUAUUGCUGCCUUUUGCUUCUUCCUGUUGUACACUCAGAGAUGCUAAACAGCAAUGCUUUGCACUACACGUGCCGGCUGUGUUAAUCAGUUUGAAAAGAGAGAGAAUCCAAUGCUGCUCCAUUAAACCCUGAAACUACCAAAAAUGAGAGAGGUCUGUACUGUGAAGUACAAUGUUGAGUCAUACUAUUUGCUGUUAGAAGAAGAAACGAAAGACCAACAAGAGCUCGGAAAUUUACUGAGACUGUCUUGACACUUACAGUACAGGAAAAAGAGGAUAUUAAAAGAGCUAGGAGCUAUGUUCACUGGACAAGUUAUUGAAUAUUACCAAACAGAAAAGAUGAGUAAAUGUAACAAUAUACCGUAACUUAAAACUACAUAGAAUAUAUUAUUUUUCUCUUUUUGGUUGAACUACUUUAAAUGUCACCUUUUUAGUUUCAUUCAUGCUCAUGCAUACAGGAUAUACUAAAAGGUGCAAGCAGGCUGCUUAAAUUUAUUUAAAAAAAACA